UUUCCUCGCAUAAAAUCCUUCCCUCCUUCCUUCUUCCGUUUCUGUCUUCUCCUCUCACUUCCAACGCACACAAAAUGAUGGCUUCUUCUCCUCAGUCUCCAAUUCAUACAGCCUCUCUACUCCGAUACCCUUCUCCUUCCAAAUCCCCCGUUUUCCUUUGCUCUUCUUCUCCUCGCCGCCGUCUGUUCUGCCACGGAGCAUCGAAACCGAUGACUCAUCUCAACUUUGUUUUACAUGAUGCCUUGGAUUCCUGCGGCGUCGACACCACUCUCGCUAGAGAGUCCAGGAUGGGAUUCUUGACACAGAUUCAGAACUUAUCGGGUAUAGAGAGGGAAACUAGCAUUAGUAUCAAUAAUUGUGUGGAUCUCGGGAAAACAGCGCUUUAUAUUGCAGCUGAGGAUCAUGCUCUUGUAUCUCGCUCUUUGGUUCCACUUCCUGUGGAUGAUUUCAUUCAAAGGUUGGAUGAUCUUUCCAUGGGCUACUGCUCAAUCUAUCGAUCAUCAUUCAGUUCUUCCCCUGAAAGUUUUCUUCAUAGUUUAGACUCAUAUUUGUAUGUCAACAAGGGUUUCCGUAGAACCAAUUGUAUGGACCAAUCGGAGGCAUGGGCUCUCUAUCUCCCCUUAGUUUUGACAUAUAGAUCCGGUUCAUCUAUUAUGCUUUCACUUAUUUACUCGGAAAUACUGAAAAUGCUUCGCUUAUGGGGUCUAGUGGAUUUUGACUGUGAGAUAUUCUUUCCUCAUGAUCUUCAUGAUCUCCCUAGAGGCUACGAUAAGCAGAAGAGCAAGGAGUCUGAUCAGGCAUGCAUAAUGACGACAGAAACUCUGUUAGAGGAGACUUUGAGAAGUUUGAAGGAGGCUUUCUGGCCAUUUCAAUAUGACAACACCAAAAGCUUAUUCUUAAGAGCAGCACACGCUGCAAACUGUACUGAUAGAUCAAAACAUUUUGAAGAGAGUUACAGUGGUUUUCAGCUUCCCGCUGCAGAAGCUGCUCAACAUAGGUUACACCAUGGUGUUCAGACCAGUAAAAGUUUUGGGGAUAUGCUGUGUGCAUUAGCUGCAUGUGAACGUCUGGUACUCCUGGAGUCUGACCCGAAGGAGUUGCGAGAUUACAGCAUUCUUCUAUACCAUUGUGGAUUUUAUGAGGAAGCACAGAAAUGUCUCGAGAUGUAUCAGAAAACAAAGAGUUUAUCCUUGCAAAAGCAACCAUCCUGCAAAUAUAACAUUCUGGAGGAAGAUGCUGUGGAGAAAUUGAAGGUGCGUCUUGACCUUAUAUCUAUGGAGAAUGGGUGGAGCAAGCCUUCGCGUGUUUGAAAUUUAAUUUGAAAUGAUUCCAAACCAUGGUAGAUUGGAAUCUUCAGUCUCUUGCAGGCAUGCAAGUGCAGUGCUUCAACUUGAUUCUAUAUUUUCACAAGCAAUGGAGUCAUGGAAAAGGUUUUAAUUCUUGUUAUAAUAGCCGCACAUACAGAACCUCCAAUGCUAACAUUUCAUGGUUCGACGUUUGAAGCUUGGUUCUCUGGGAAGUGGGUUGACAAAACAGUAGGAAGCCACUCUCCGCUGGAUAGUAAUAUUGCAUAGGUCUAGUCACCAUGUGGUAACACCUAACCUUCUUUUUUUUGCAUGCAAAUUGAUGUAUAUGUAUAACAAGGCAUUGAAAUCAGAUACAAAAAGAAAAACCAAUAAUGUAAAAUGCAGCAUCACUUGCUUCUCUGCAUUGAUUUGCAUUAUAUGGCAAAAUCACAUAAUCUCUUUUGUGGUUGUAACCGAGUCUUUAAUCAACUACUCAGAUUAGAAAACUCAGUAUUUUUUCUUCUUUUUUCUUU